AUGUCUGAGAGCAAGAAAAUGAAGCUCUUUACGGAAAAACCGAAAUUUCCAGGAGAAGUGGACGAAGUUCAUCCUGGACCGUUUAUAACGAUGCCCCCGCAACCCCAAAAGAAGAAACCAGGACAGCUAUCGAGCAAACAAAUUACACAGUUUUUUGAUGAGGGUUACACGGUAGUCCAGGACUUUUUCACGCCAGAGGAGCUCCAGCCCUGUCGGGACUCUAUCUCUGAAAUGGUCGAUAAUCUGGCGGAUAAACUUUUCAAGGCUGACAAGAUAACAGAAAAGUUCUCAGAAUAUGGCUUGUUCCAGAGAUUAACAAAACUAGAAGAAGCUUAUCCGGGAUCAAAUAUUCUUUUGUUUAAGUCUCAAAAGAUGCCAAAAUCCUUUCAAAAGUUAUGGUGCAAUGAAAGAUUGUUAAACGUAAUGGAGCAGAUUCUUGGUCCGGAAGUGGCAGGACAUCCUGUUUGGAACUUGCGUACAAAAACACCAAAUAGUCAAGCAGUCGACAUUCCUUGGCAUCAAGAUAGUGCUUAUUUCAGCAAUGAGUCUUACGAUCAUAUGAUAGCCACAGCAUGGAUUCCAUUUCUUGAUGCGACAGAGGAAAAUGGCUGUAUGCAGGUUGCCAAAAAUGGACAUCGGAAGGGUAAAGACGCUACGCAUCAGUGUUGUAAAGGCCCCACGUGGUACGUCAUGCUAGAGGAAGAGGAGAUGACGAAAACUCUGGAUGUCGAUACUGAAAAGGAUAUUUUGACAUUACCUAUCAAAUAUGGGGGUUUACUACUUUUUAACAACUUAACACCCCAUAGAAGCCUAAUGAAUUAUUCCGAAGAAAUUCGGUGGAGUGUUGACUUGCGUUGGCAGUCUCCGAAGCAUCAUUGGGGAUUUUACGACAUAGGAGAAGGGGUCCUUUUCCGGUCUGCCGAAAAGGAGGUCAAGGAACCGGACUGGGACAAAUUCUUCUCCGUGGACAGGAAAGAAAUAUGGCAGAAAAAAUAUUUCAAACAGAAGAAUGACUUGGAUCCUUUCGAUACUACAAUAACAGGUCCCUGGAUUGGUCGCUGGGAAAUUGUUAACCAUAACAAGCAUACUGAUGCAUUUAAGCCCGGGUAGGCGAUAAAAGAACCUAUUAAUUACAUCAAAUUUUAAUGUUCGUAUUCACAUAUCUACUAUAUAUAUAUCAAGCCAUAUAUAUUUACCCAAGUACUUGUAUAUACAUAAAUAUCAAUUUAG